AGGGAGGUCUUACUUAUGGGCACCGAUAUAUCAAUAUGCACCAAUGUUGGAUAGAGGCUUUCCACUUGUUGCUCCAGAAUUUACGCCAGAUUGCAUGAAAUGGAAACUUAAAAGUUGUAGUAAGUGAACUACUCGUGGCGAUCCUAUCGUUAAUAAAUAAUACAAAAUAAAAUGCUGUUUCAGAUGGAACCGACAGAUUUCCAUUAAUGACCCCCUGCACAUUUUGGAACCCAAUGCCUCUACAAUCCUUGGACUGUUUCUCAUCCGAAGAAGUUGAUGAUACACCAAUCGGCGUAUCUUCCACAAUAUUUGUAAAUUAUCGCCCACCAAAAUACAAUGAUAAAUUUUGCCCUUGUCGAUGGCCGUGUACACCGCAUUUUGACAAAAUCCAAAACUGCAGGGUUAAUCGAUCCCAAGGAUUUUUGAAGACGUCUUCCGACAGUAAAGGUGAAGCUCUUUACUCUGAAGGAAAUCCACUCCGUCCGGUGCACAUGCCGCAUUAUCAGGCGAUGCAGUUGUGUCGAGGGAUGUACGAAUUUCUAGAUAGUUCCGCCCCCAUCAAAGUCGACUCGAUUCCGAUUAGGAUUGUCGCACUGGGAAAGGAACGUGAUCCCAUCAAGGAUUGUGUCACUUGGAAGUAUUCCCCAUGCAACAGGGGAAAGAAUAGUGGUCAACGUGGUGGUAUCAACAAGGUCGAACCACAGAUCACGACCCAAAUCGUAGAAAAUGUGACACUUGGCGUUAACAAUGCCGUGCUAACCACUACGCCCGCACCAGUGGAGUCAAAAAGAAGGAGAAAGAAACGUGACGACGAUUCUACGAAUGACGAAGUCACAAAUGAAUUGGCAACGUCCACUCCAGAUUGUGGUGUAUGGGAACAAGUCGAAGCAGAAGAUAGAGACUGUAUACCAGAAACUCUAGCGGAAAAGGUCUCAAAAAAGAAAAAAUCAUCGAAAUCGUCAAUUUCGACUGAUAAUAUCCUCCAAAAUAUUCCACCUUGUACAAAAUGGCCUUGUUUCUUGACCCAGCAUGAAAUGCAACUCCACAAGAAAAAUGCUACCGACACAAAGACGACUGAAGGAAAGAAACGUGGUUCAUCUCCUAAUUAUGAAAAAGGACCCGGCUGCAACUGCGACUGGCCCUGCCUCCCAUUUUUCGACCACAUCAACAAAUGUUACAAUGAUCGGGGUAAACUAUUAGUUGAUGCGAAUGGAAAACCAAUAAUCCUUCCGAGAAGGUUUAGUCGAACCCAGAAACAACUCGUGUUAUGUCUCUCCUACCUGGAAAAGGAUGAGAUUGACUGUUUUGUCAAAAAAUAA